GGGAUUUUUCUUAUUGGGGGGGUUGUUAAAAAAUAAAUAUAAGAGCGGCCAUCUUUGUUUCCCUGCCUAGUAGUGUAAAAUAUUCCAAAACGGCCCCCACUUUUUUUCUGGUGUCGAUUUUAAUAUUAAAUAAAUAUCAUAAUUCCGGAAGGUUUCUGAUUUCGAGGAAGGAGCCGAUGACAGGAAUAUAAUGUCCUCUCUUCUCCGGUCUUGUGAGGAAGACCAGGGCAUGUUGGUUAAUUCCGAGGGAGUAGAUUUUGAUGAAGAAGACGAGGACGACGGAGAUCUAGACGAGAACGCAAGCGACAUAAACUCGCCGGCGGCGCCUCGAGAAACUGCAACACUAGCCGCGCCAGUAGAGGAAGAAAGGGAAGCAUCAGAGAGGGCCAGUCUAGGGAGGAAGAAACGAGGGCCCAAGAAGAAGGAGACAAAGAAGAAGGAGAAAGAGAAAGAGGGAAAACCGGUUAAAGCCAAAAAACGGAAAAAGAUUGAAAGUGAUGUAGAGAGAGACUCGGAGCGAGAGAGAGAUUAUGGUGAGAACUCCGACAGCGCUGCGAGUGACUUCUCUGGCGAGAAGAAGAAGAAGAAGAAGAAACACAAGGAAAAGAAGGAGAAGAAAACCAAGAAGAAGAAAAAAGAUGAUGGGGACAGCACGCAUGAGGAGACAACAAAGCCAAUAGAACAGAAGACGUCGGCCCAGCUGGCUAUGGACUGGGGUCUGGAGGAUGUGGAUCAUACAUUCACCGAAGACGAUUACCGCACACUCACCAACUACAAAGCCUUCAGCCAGUCCAUGAGGCCCAUGAUCGCCAAGAAGAACCCUAAGAUCCCCAUGUCUAAGAUGAUGACCAUCCUGGGGGUCAAGUGGAGGGAGUUCAGCUCUAACAACCCCUUCAAGGGCUCCGGUGCUGCAGCCGUGGCAGCUGCAGCCGCCGCCGCCGCCAUUGCCGUCGCCGAGCAGGUCUCCGCGGCAACCCCAUCCCCGGAACCACCUCCACCCCGGAAGCAGCCCCAACCCCCACGGCCGCCCCCCCUGCCGCCACCACCGCCUCCCCCGCUCCGCAAGGCCAAGACCAAAGAGGGCAAAGGCCCUGGGUAUAAGAAGAGUCGCAGUAAGAGUCCUCGUGUUCUGGCUGAGAGGAAGAAGGCGGUGGCAGCAGCAGUAGCGGCUUCAGUAGCUAAAGCCAAGAAGAUGUCCCCCAUACGCAUAAAACUGGGGGCCUUAGGCAACAAGAGAAAGAAGAGCAGCUCUAGUGGUGAUGAUGUUGAUGAGGAGGACUCGCUGCAAGAGGACUCCAGUGUCCACAGCUCCUCGGUCCGCUCCGACAGCUCCUCCAGGGUCAAGAAGAACAAGAGAGGACGACCGGCCAAGAAGAAUAAGAAAAUGCUGGAUGAGGGUGAGGUGGAGGGGGAUGGUUAUGAGACAGACCACCAGGACUACUGUGAGGUGUGCCAGCAGGGAGGGGAGAUCAUUCUGUGUGACACCUGUCCUCGGGCCUACCACCUGGUCUGUCUGGAACCUGAGCUGGAGAAGGCCCCUGAGGGCAAGUGGAGUUGCCCACACUGUGAGAAAGAGGGGAUCCAGUGGGAAGCGAAGGAUGAGGACUUUGAGGAGUUUGAGGAGGAGAGUGAGGACAUGGUGGUACCAGAGGUACCUGGGGUUGGACUGCUGGUAGGACUGGAGGAAGAGGAGGAUGACCACAUUGAGUUCUGCAGGGUCUGUAAAGAUGGGGGGGAACUAUUAUGCUGUGACACAUGCACUUCCUCAUACCACAUCCACUGUCUCAACCCGCCCCUGCCUGAGAUCCCCAACGGAGAGUGGCUGUGUCCACGCUGCACUUGUCCUGCUAUCAAGGGCAGGGUGCAGAGAAUCCUCCACUGGCGAUGGGGCGAGCCCCCCGAUCCUGUACCCAUGCCUCCCGCCCCCGAUACCCCUCUUGAUGCUCCUCCGCCACCCCCCAUGAAGGGCAGGGCUGAGAGGGAGUUCUUUGUCAAGCUGACUGGACAGUCCUACUGGCACUGUACCUGGAUCACUGAACUGCAGCUGGAGAUCUUCCACUCGGUGAUGUUCCGUAACUACCAGAGGAAGACAGAUAUGGACGAGCCUCCCAGUCUGGACUAUGGGUCGGGGGGAGAGGAGGAGAGUGUUAAGAGUGAGAAGAGGAGGCUGAAAGACCCCGACUAUGCUGCCCUGGAUGACAAGUUCUAUAAAUAUGGCAUCAAGCCUGAAUGGAUGAUGGUCCACCGCAUCAUCAACCACAGUAUGGACAAGAAAGGGAUAUACCACUACCUGGUCAAGUGGAGAGACCUGACCUACGACCAGUGCACAUGGGAGAGAGACGAUCUGGAGAUGCCAGAGUUUGUCAUUCACAAGGCCAACUACUGGGCACACAGGGAUGAGGUGAUGAAGGAGGCCCCAGACAUGCCGAGGAGGAUGAGGAGGAUGAGGAUGGAAGAGAGUGAAGACCCCCACAGAUCACCUGUCAACGACCCUACGAUAAAGUACGAGGAGCAGCCAGACUUUGUGACGGCGACGGGGGGCACUCUGCACCUCUACCAGCUGGAGGGACUCAACUGGCUGCGUUUCUCCUGGGCACAGGGCACUGACACCAUCCUGGCAGACGAGAUGGGGCUGGGCAAGACUAUCCAGACCAUCGUCUUCCUCUACUCACUCUUCAAAGAGGGCCACACUAGGGGUCCGUUCCUGGUGAGUGCCCCCCUCUCCACCAUCAUUAACUGGGAGAGAGAGUUUGAGAUGUGGGCCCCUGACUUCUACGUGGUGACCUACACAGGGGACAAGGACAGCAGAGCCAUCAUCAGAGAGAACGAGCUGACCUUCGACGACACGGCCGUACGGGGAGGGAGGAAAACCUUCAAACUGAGGAGAGAAGCCCCUAUAAAGUUCCAUGUCCUGUUGACGUCCUAUGAGCUGGUGACGAUAGACCAGACCUCCCUGAAGUCUAUAGACUGGGCCUGUCUAGUGGUGGACGAAGCCCACCGCCUCAAGAACAACCAGAGCAAGUUCUUCAGACGUCUGAAUGACUAUACGAUUGACCACAAGCUGCUGCUGACUGGUACUCCUCUACAGAACAACCUGGAGGAGCUGUUUCACCUGCUCAAUUUCCUCACUCCCAACCGUUUCAAUAAUCUGGAGGGGUUCCUGGAGGAGUUUGCAGACAUCUCCAAGGAGGACCAGAUCCAGAAGCUCCAUGACCUGCUGGGUCCCCACAUGUUGAGGAGGCUGAAGGCUGACGUCUUCAAGAACAUGCCGUCCAAGACUGAGCUCAUCGUACGAGUGGAACUAAGCCCCAUGCAGAAGAAAUACUACAAGUUGAUUCUGACGAGGAACUUUGAGGCUCUGAACUCUAAAGGAGGAGGUAACCAGGUGUCUCUACUCAACAUCAUGAUGGACUUGAAGAAGUGUGCCAACCACCCCUAUCUCUUCCCCGUCGCCUCCAUGGAAGCCCGCAAGACGGCGAGCGGAGCGUACGAGGGCAUGGACCUCACAAAGGCUUCUGGGAAACUGACUCUGUUGCAGAAGAUGAUGAGGAAACUGAAGGACCAGGGACACCGGGUGCUAGUCUUCUCACAGAUGACUAAGAUGUUGGACCUGUUGGAGGACUUCCUGGACUUUGAGGGUUAUAAGUACGAGAGGAUCGACGGAGGAGUCACAGGAGCUCUGAGACAGGAGGCCAUAGACAGGUUCAAUGCUCCUGGUGCUCCUCAAUUCUGUUUCCUGCUCUCCACCAGGGCAGGGGGUCUGGGUAUUAACCUGGCCACAGCAGACACUGUUGUCAUCUUCGACUCAGACUGGAACCCCCACAAUGACAUCCAGGCAUUCAGUCGCGCCCACCGCAUCGGGCAGGCCAACAAGGUGAUGAUCUACCGUUUUGUGACCCGUGCCAGUGUGGAGGAGCGCAUCACUCAGGUGGCAAAGAGGAAGAUGAUGCUGACCCACCUGGUGGUGAGGCCCGGCCUGGGCUCCAAGGCUGGAUCCAUGUCCAAACAGGAACUGGACGACAUCCUCAAGUUCGGCACCGAGGAACUCUUCAAGGACGAGAUAGAAUCGGGGGACAACAGGGAUGAUGAGGGCAGUGUGAUCCACUAUGACAGCUCAGCCAUCGAGAGACUGCUGGACCGGAGCCAGGACGCUACAGACGACACAGACAUGCAGAACAUGAACGAAUACCUCAGCUCCUUCAAAGUGGCCCGCUACAUGGUUCGAGAGGAGGAUAAGAUUGAGGAGGUGGAGCGUGAGAUCAUUAAGCAGGAAGAGUGUGUGGACCCCGAAUACUGGGAGAAGCUGCUGAGACAUCACUAUGAGCAACAACAGGAGGACCUGGCUAGUAAACUGGGCAAGGGCAAGAGGAACCGAAAGCCUGUCAACUACAACGACGCAGCACAGGAGGACCAAGAGUGGCAUGCUGGUAUUUCAGAUAACCAGUCCGAGUACUCUGUGGGCUCUGAGGAGGAGGAUGAAGACUUCGAUGAGAGGCCAGAAGGUUCUCGCCGACAGUCCCGUCGCCAGAUGAGGAACGAGAGAGACAAGCCACUUCCCCCCCUGUUGGCCAGAGUAGGGGGAAACUUGGAGGUAUUGGGCUUCAACACGCGCCAGAGGAAAGCCUUCCUAAACGCGGUGAUGCGUUGGGGCAUGCCCGCACAGGACGCCUUCUCCUGCCAGUGGCUGGUCAGAGACCUGAGGGGCAAGAGUGAGAAGGAGUUCAAGGCGUAUGUCUCCCUGUUCAUGCGUCACCUGUGUGAGCCCGUGGCCGACGGUGCCGAGACGUUUGCCGACGGCGUGCCGAGGGAGGGCCUGUGUCGGCAGCCUGUGCUCACCCGCAUCGGGGUCAUGUCCCUGGUCAAGAAGAAGAUCCAGGAGUUUGAGCACAUCAAUGGGCGGUGGAGUCUUCCAGAACUGAAGCCAGAGAUGAAGCCAGAGGCCCUGAGACCAGAGGUCAGUGUGUCUUCUUCCUCCAGAGCCUCCUCCCCUGGAGGGACCAUGAAGACCGCUACGCCCACCCCUGACCCCAGCUGUACCUCAGACAACACCCCCUGCACCUCAAAACCAGCUACCCCUGCUCCGUCGGACAAACUAGAGAAGAACGGGAAAGAUGGAGAGAAGGAAGAGGAAGAUGAGGAGGGUAAGGCCUCAUCUGAGCCAGAGCAAGAUGGCGAGAAGGAGAAGAACGAGGGGAAGGAGGAAGAGAGCAACAAGAGUGCAGACCCUGAAGAGACUCUAAUCACUACCAAAGAAGCACUACAAGAAUUAUCCCCUUGCACAAGAACAGACAAGGAGGAGAAGGGUACGAAAGAGGAGAAGGAGGGGAAAGAAACCAAAACGACUGACACCCUUCCGGCCCUAGUGGAGGAGAAGAAAGUUGAGGAGGAGAGUAAGGAGGAGGGGUCCUUCGGAGAAACAACUAAGCAAAGGUCGGAGGUCAAACAUGAGAAACCAGGUAGUGUAACGCUCUCACCUGGAGAGAAGGUGGAGGAGGAGAAAGAGAAGAACAACAAGGAAAAGGACAUGGAGAAGAGUGAGGAGGCCCCUGUCCCCACAGAAGGGCCAGACGACAUGGAAAGGAUGGAGCGACAGCAACCCUCUGACGUGAUGAAAGAGGAAGUAAAAGGUGAAAAGGAUGCUGGGAAAGAAGUGGCGAAGGAGGAGGUUGCCAAAGAUGCCUUGCCAAAACCCCCCAUCACCCCCCCCGAGCGACGGCGCUUCAUGUUCAACAUCGCCGAUGGGGGCUUCACGGAGCUGCAUACGCUGUGGCAGAACGAGGAGCGGGCCGCCAUCUCCUCCGGGAAGAUGAAUGAGAUCUGGCACCGGCGACACGACUUCUGGCUGCUGGCGGGAAUUGUACUUCAUGGGUACGCGAGGUGGCAGGACAUCCAGAACGAUCCCCAGUUUGCUAUCGUCAACGAGCCCUUCAAGUCGCAGGCCAACAAGGGCAACUUCCUGGAGAUGAAGAACAAGUUCCUGGCCCGCCGCUUCAAGUUAUUAGAGCAGGCCCUGGUGAUAGAGGAACAACUGAGACGGGCAGCCUACCUGAAUAUGACCCAGGACCCGGUCCACCCCGCCAUGGCGUUAAACGCCCGUUAUGCCGAGGUGGAGUGUCUGGCCGAGUCCCACCAACACCUCAGCAAGGAGUCCCUGGCCGGGAACAAACCGGCCAAUGCCGUGCUGCAUAAAGUGCUGAACCAGUUGGAGGAGCUGCUGAGCGACAUGAAGGCUGACGUGACACGGCUCCCCGCCACGCUGUCCCGGGUCCCGCCCAUCGCCGCACGUCUGCAGAUGUCAGAGAGGAGCAUCCUCAGCAGGCUGGCCAGCAAGGGCACUGACACAUACCCGCCCCCGACCAUCCCUCCAGGACCCUACGCCACUCCUCAGAACUUUGGGCCUCCCUUCACCCCCACCCCCCUGGGAGUCUUACCCAUGGGAGGAGCCAACUACAGCCAGAUGCCUCCUGGAUCCUUCGUAUCAGUGUUGAACGGUCCUCCUGUGUCAGUGAAGAAGGAGAGGGAAGCAGAGCAGCUCCUGAGCAGGAGAGACCAGCGCCGUGGAGAGGUCAUCUGUAUCGACGACUGAACAAUAUCGCUCACUGACCACACACACACACACACACACACACGUCAACAUAUAUAUACACACAUAUAUACUUAAACAUAUAUACACACACACACAAACAUAUACACACACACCAACACAUAACACACGCAGUACAGUAUCCACACUCCGCAGACUGACCCUCCCUAUGAAUAUAUACACACACACAUGAACAUACACACACCAACACAUAAUACACACAGUACAGUAUCCACACUCCACAGACUGACACUCCCUAUGAAUACACACACACACACACACACACACUUGUGGUCCAUGCUGUCACGUACAUACUCACCUGCUCAAUCGCUUGUUAUCUGCCUCAAACCAACCAAUCCUCACAAGCAGCCUACUCAUAGAAUAUCUCCCCUCCAGAACAGUAUGGUUCCGUAAUCUAGAACCUCCCUCUCUAUCCUAGCAUCGCUCACAUACUACCAAACCUGAUCCUUGACCUUUGAUCCCCUCAGGGGUCGCUCCAGUGACAUGAAACUGCAUGAUAUAACAUUGUGAAGAUUUUGCUCUUGACACCAUUCCUGCCAUUCGUCCUGAGAAGCAUGCUGUGCUAAAACUCACAAAACAAUGGUGUUAUCAUGCAAGCUGUGCCUACAGUAUUUCUUCUAGUGCUGGUUUUAUCUCCGAAGCUUGCCGAAAACCAUUCAUCAAUCGCCCCAUUGGAGAAUUGAUUGAGUGAAGUAUUACAGGACUCGGGGCUGUAAACUUGUCAGGAAACUCUCAGCCCAUUUCCCUUUCAUGUUGACCUGAUUGUACAUGUAGAAAUACUGAAAUGUCAGUCAGUCCAACCCAACUUAGUAUUAUGUUGACUGUAUGAGUUAUAGCUGGUAUGCCAGAGGAUUUUCUUACAGACCAGGGUACACAGUUUAUAUCUUUGGUUUUGAUUGGGAUGGGAGGUCCCAGUGCUUGUUCGGGAUAGGCCUCACUCAUAGAACUGGUCAUAACCUUUCAUAGGCAAGUCAUACAGUGUUGACCACCCUCAACUACAGUCCUCUCCCCUUGCUCUUUGACCCCCUACGUAAAGCUUACACAGUGCCUUCUGAAAGUAUUCAGACCCCCUGACCUUUUCCAUAUUUGUUAGGUUACAGCCUUAUUCUAAAAUUAUUCAAUAGUAUUUCCCUUCAUCAAUCUACACACAAUACCCCAUGAUGACAGAG